AUCCGGAACCGGAUGUAGUUUUCUGCUCCGGUGGCGGAGCGCAGAGAUGGCCACGGGGACAGACCAGGUGGUGGGACUCGGCCUCGUCGCAGUUAGCCUGAUCAUCUUCACCUACUACACCGCCUGGGUGAUUCUCUUGCCAUUCAUCGACAAACAGCAUGUCAUCCACAAAUAUUUCCUACCCCGAGCCUAUGCUGUCGCCAUCCCACUGGCCGCGGGCCUCCUGCUGCUCCUGUUCGUGGGGUUGUUCAUCACCUACGUAAUGCUGAAAAACCAGAGGGUGACCAAGAAGACUCAGUGAAGGCCCAGUGGGGAUGAGGCUGCUGGCCCCUUCUCUGCAUCCCCUCCAGGGCAGGGACCAAGGGUGGGAACCUGCAGGACCAGUCCAGGCAUUGUGGCCCCCUCUACCCUGGCUGCCCUGCAGACAUCCCUGUGGGCAGGAGCUCUUCAGGACUCAGCCCUGUCUGGCCGGAGCCCCCCUCCUCCCCUCCUUACCUUUCCAGAAGCCAGAAGGGAGGAGUGCCUGGAAGCUUCCCUCUCAGCCCUUCCAGCUACGGGCCUGAAAAGUGCUGGUCCUCCCCACUUCACUUUCAGCCUCCUUGUCACUGUUUCUUCUGGGUUCUGCCCUCUUUCCUGUUUCCCUCCAGUCACAUGCUGAUGUUGGCCUUAGCAGGUUCUGAGGUGGCAUGUGACCUCCUCCCACAAGUCCUGCUCCUCCAUGAAGACAGCUUUCCUGAGUCUGACACAGCCCCAGAUCCCACAAGGACUUCUGGACCUGGAAAGCCGAGGGGAAGGAUAGAUGGACCCUAGGACCACCCCGGGGUCUCAGAGCACGUUAGGGCAGCCGCAGUGGGCCCCCAGACUGACUGCUCCUUAUGGAGGCCAAGUUCUCUGGUCCCAGGGCUGGCCUGUUUGUGAGAGCUCAAAAAUAAACGUUGAUUGUGUGUU